CCGAGCAGCCCCGCGGUGAUCUCACCCGAGACUUGCCGAGGGAGGGAGAGAAGGAGGGGAAGGAAUGGGGCGGGGAGGCGGGGAGGCGAGGGGAGUGGAGGGGAGGGAAGGGCGAGUGCGGCGCCGCCACCGCCGGCAACUUUGUGAGCGAGUUCAGUGCGUGCUUGAGCGAGUGAGCGAAAAAGUCAGUGCGGCGCCGACUUCCCGGGAGGAGGGUCCCCGGGGAGGGCCAGGGAGAGCGCGCGGCGGACCCACCCCGGACGCGCGGUGGCACCGGGAGGCCGGGCCGAGCGGUAUGGCGGUAUUAGAGCAGAUGGAAGGCUGGAGUUUGAGCUUAAGUUGUGUGAAAACUUCAUCAGCCAAUUGGCUGACUCUUAAUGGUGAGACAGGAAGAACCACCCACGUUUUCCAUUUUGGAUUUGAGUCACAGAAAACAGGUUUCCUGCAGAAACCAUUUGGCUUCAACAAGUGUUCAGUUUUGAAUGUGAAUGGCAGUAAACCUAAUACCCAAGAUUUCUGUGUAAGAAGUAGAUCAGAAGGCCUACACGUUCAGGUUCUGAGAGAAUACCUCAAGUUGGACUCAAAAGCAAGAUUUACUACUGACUUCGAAGUGGAAGAAGGUUGUUCACUAUUAAUAUGGAUGCUAUUGUCUAAAUUUCUGCAGCCAUGGUACAAGAAUAUGAGAAAGCAUGGGAUUGUGGCAAUCACAGAGGCCCAGUAACACAAGUUCCGUUCAGUUUUUUCUGAAAGAAAGCUGUCUGUGAAAGCGAAGCAAAGGGAACCAUUGUGGAUUAUAAUGUUUUGAAG